AGCUAUCACAACCACAAAUUAUGUCUGAUUGUGCCUUUCCGUGACCGAUUUGAUGAAUUGUUGGAGUUCAUACCGUACAUGAAAAGGUUCCUCUGUCAGCAGGCAGUCAGGAAUGAGAUUGUUGUUAUAAAUCAAUCUGAUGACCUUAGGUUUAACCGGGGCUCAUUAAUAAACAUUGGUUACCUGAUCGCUAAACAUCAUUUCGGCUGCGAUUACAUAGGCAUGCACGAUGUCGACUUACUGCCUGUAAAUGAUCAGCUCAAUUACUCAUAUCCCAGCAGCAAUCCAUAUCAUGUUUCUGCCCCUAAUCUACACCCCAAAUAUCAUUACAAAAAUUUUGUGGGUGGAAUUCUAUUGAUUAAAAAUGAACACUUUGAAAAAGUGAAUGGUUUAUCUAAUCGCUUUUGGGGCUGGGGUAAAGAAGAUGAUGAGUUCUUCAAAAGGUUAAAAGUUGCUAGCUUAAAGAUAGAAAGGCCAACAAAUCUAGACACAGGCAAUAAAACAUUCAGACAUAUUCACAAUAAACAGAAGAGACCAAGAGAUUAUGAGAGAUUUGGUGAUCAAGUUUUUGUGAGUUAUGAUCAAAAAGACAACACAACUGGUCUGAACAGUCUUUCAUACACAGAAAUAUCUCGAAACCAUCUGACCGUCGAUGGUCAUCUAGCACUCGUCGUUAACGUUCAUUUGUCGUGCAACGUCUAUGAGACACCAUGGUGC